CAAAACCAAAGUAACGGGAACAGUUCCAGCCGCUAAGGAAAUCCUCUCGAAACAUCAGCAGCACCUGCAGAGACAGAGAGAUGCCGUCGCCUACAGGAUGAAGAAGCUGGCAGCUAAGCAGGUGGAGAUAACAGUAGAAAAAGACCAAUGCAGUGAAGGAGAAAAUCAAGAAAAAGUACGAGGACAUGAAGAAGGUCCUGGAUGAGGAUCUUCACAUCACACUGACCCAGCUGGACACAGAGUGUGAGGCCUCAGAGAAGUUGGUGGAGGACAGGAUAGAGGAGUGUUACCACCUCACUCAGCAGCUGGACCAGGAGCUGUCCAACGUCGAUGCCCAAGUGAAAACACAGAACGCUGAAACAGAAAAAAGAGUAUCUGAGACUCUGAAGCUGACUGACCCUGACCUGAUUCAAAUGGACGAGUUCAAGAACGAACAACUGCUGAGUCUCACGAUCAACCUGCUGCUGUUCAUCAGAUCCCAGGUCCCUGUCACCAAGAGACUGUUUCAGACCUACGCCGCAGAUGUUGUCCUUGACGCCGACACCGCUCACCCCAAGCUGAUCAUCUCUCCCAAAGGUGACUCAGUGACCUACACAGACACCUGGCAGGAUGUCCCAGAGACUCCCUCCCGCUUUGACACCACCCUAAACGUCGUCAGCCAGCAAGGCUUCAGCGAGGGCCGCCAGUACUGGGAGGUGGAUGUGAGCGGGAAGACCUACUGGGAGCUGGGGCUCACCUACCCGAGCAUCCCACGCAAGGGCCGCGACGAGGACUCGUGGCUGGGCCGAGGCAAAGAGUCGUGGUGUGUGGAGUACUUUAACGGAGACUACACAGCCUGGCACGGUGGUGUUCAGCGUGAGCUGCCUCUGCUGACAGGAAAACAGUUCACUCGUAUCGGGGUUUACAGCAGCUUCCCUGGGGGGUUGGUGUGCUUUCUGGGAGCUGAUACAAUGACCCCCCUCUACUGCUUCAGCACUGGGACCUUCACUGACAUCCUGCAUCAAGCAUUAUGUCCUGGGCAUGACAAUGAAGGCACAAACUGGACGUCCCUUAAGAUUUGUGAUGCCUCUCGAUCAGCUCCUGUUCUCUGAGGUGGGACAGGAAGGACGGGGCAGGAAGGAAGGGGCAGUGACAGCCAGGAAUGCACUGUGCUGUGGGGCAUGCGCAUCAGCUGCCUGAUCUGACAUAAUUGGUGACACUGUCAUCAGCUCAGGAUGCUGUGCGUGUCAGGCUCGUCUAAAUUUGCCUAAAGGACAUUUUAAAGUGAUCUCUAUUUUUGAUUCACAGGUGGUGUGGGUCAUUUCCAGUCAAUCAUGCUUUUCUUUUCAGUGGAUAUAGUGAAGCUGACAUGUUGUCUUUCAUACUCAUGCAAAGUGUUCCUUUUUAAAUGUUUAUGUUAAAUGCUAUGACGAAUCAGGGAAUUGCAACAGAUGUUGAGCUGGUAAGAGAGGCCUUUAAUUAAGAAAUAAUGAUACAAUUAUUUCAUAAGAUAGAUCUGCUUUUUAACACUCAUCAAGAAGUUGGAUGUGUCUACUAUUACUUAGCAAAUUGAAUUUAAAGGAUAAAGCUGGUGAUGUUCUGUUGUCAACAAAUCCUAUUAAAAUGCCAAAUGCCAGUCGUCAGAAUUGCUUGCAUUGUCCAUCUAUCCAUCUAUCAAUUUUCAUCCGCUUAUCUGGGGCUGGCAGGCUCAGCAAAGAACUCCAGACGUCCCUCCCCCCAGCAAUGCUUUCCAGCUCCUCUUAGGGAGGAGGUGUUCCCAGGCCAGAUGAGAUAUAUAAUCCCUCCAUCUUAUUCUGGGUCUGCCCCGGGGCCUCCUACCAGCUGGACGUGCCAUGCUGGCAUUGUACGUCUCUGCAAACCACAGAUAUGCUACAUUUGUGUGUUUCAUACGUAUCAUAUUAACUUUAACGUAGCUACGUAUAUGAGCUGACUUUGUCAUCUAAAGGUGGAGGCGAUGGUGGAUGGUGUGUCACCUGGGCGAGACACCUGUCAAACUGCAGAGCACUGCUGAGACCAGCAAACAGCAAAACUGGUUGUUUUAUGGUGAGUCAUCAGUGUGUUUUCAGUUGCUUUUAGCCACCAAACAUUGGUGUUUUCUAGUUUUUCCAUCAGGGAUAGUACCAUGAAAAGUGAUUGGUUUUUUUUUACCAAGACAUUGCUGCUUUUCCUGCCAAGAUUGUGUCACAAAAAUGGGUAUUUUAGGCCAAAAAAUUAUCUUUUUCUAACCAUAACCAACUGGUUUUUGUGCCUAAACUUAACCAUGUGUUAAACAAAGCAUUGUUGAAAAGUAGUUUAAGCAUGUUCACUGCAUAAUGUAUCUGUGGUUUGCAUUAAUGUACAAUGCCUUCAUUUAUUCUGGUGACUGGGUCGUUAGUCCACCUCUCAAUACUUUUGAACUCUCCCACUCUCUCUGUGGCUCUCGGCCCCAAGAUCAUUGUGUCCUACUGAAGUUGUAAAUCUUGGGCACAGAUUUAGUUUCAUAUAUAUGUAACCAGUGGGCUGUAAUGAUGUCUGCAUUGUGUUGAUAUAAAGAGGCCCAACCUGUGGAUAUCUUCAGAGGCGAUCUCCAUUUAUUCCUCUCCUGACAGCAAGUGGCAAAAAUAAAACAAACAUACAAACCCGAGCCCUUCUCCCACAGAGCACAGCAGCAGAAGGGUGGGGUACCCCCAAAGGUGAACGUAGGGGUAAAAAAACUGUGUUAAACGUUCCACAUAUUGAGUUCAGAAGCCGAAGCAAGUCAGGUAAAGCAAAACAUAUUGUGUAAAUAUAAUACUUAAUAUUGAACAUGUACAUUUGACUUUGUUACACAUAUUACUGCUGUAUGAUUGACCCUGUUACAUAUAUAUAAUAAGGUAAUUUUCUAAAACUGCAGGGCACUGUAUCAAUUAUUACCCAAAUAGAGGUAAGCUAUGCAUUGCUUAGGGACUAUUUUCAGCUGUGGAUGAAUACAUGUUUGCUCAAGUAAGAGUUUACAAUAGCAAUCUUUGUUGGUUUUGGUUUUCAUCAUUUUAGUUGACGAAAAAAUGAGAAAUAACACAAGCCUUAUCCUUUGACUUUAACUAAAAGGCUUUUUAUUGGGCUUUAUUUUUUACCAAUGAACCUAUUAAGUUUUCAUUGUUCUCAAUAUUGGUUUAAAGUGAUAUUUAGUGUAUUCAUAACCAUAUUACAAACAUGUUCCUUGUGUUAAAAAAAAAAGUCUUUCAAUGUGGUCUGUGUUUGCGGAUGUGCAAGAAAAAUGACAGCUCAUUACAGAAUAAAUUCUUUAUGUUUAAUACAAUAAAAUGUUUACAUAAGCAUUCGUCUGUUUUGAAGAUAUUUAAACAAGGUAUUGCCCCAAAUUAAAAAGAAAAUUGGGCCAGAUUAUACUUUCAAUGUAAUUCAUUCAUUCAUUUUUUUCCAAAUCUUUUCAAAUAUAUUCCUGAGGACAACAGCAUUUAACACCGGAAAGCAUUUAAAAUUUUACCCUUAAAAAUAUAUAUAUUAUUUUUUUCUCCCCUCCUUCAAUUCCAAUGCAAAACAAGUGGAGCAAACACUCCUUUCAGCACAGGUUGGGCACCACAUCACUGAUCAGAGAUCCAUGUGUCGAGAGUUGUGGCUGUAUUGGACAAGUGCACUGGGUGUAGAAUGGGACAUGUCUCGCACUUAAAGGGACAGU